AUGCCAGACCGCUGCCUACACCUUUGCUUCUGUGCUGAUCCUGCCUUGCUUCCCAUCGCCUUUCCUCCUCACUGUUCCUCCCUCGUCGAUCUGGUGAGUAACUUGCCCGCGUCCACUCUUCCCCUCGCCCUGGGUGCCGCCAGCACUUCUCAGGUGUCGGGGAACGCGGAGCUCUCCUUCCCUCCUGCCCAUAACGUUUGUCUCGGUGACGCCAUUCCUCCUCCCAUCUCCCUCUCUGUCCUUGCUGCAGAUCACGUUCUGGCGAGCGUUGCCCAUCCGGCGAGCGUGGCCCAUUUCCCCGCUUCCCGUCAUGGUAGCGAUACGAAGCUGGCAAGCGCAAUUCGCCCCCACGCCUCCCUUCGUGGUGCUGGCGCCGAUCCGGCGAGCGUGACCCACUUCCCCGCGCUCCGUGAUGCUGCUGACGCGGACCCGGCGAGCGCGACUCGUCUCCCCGCCUCCCGCUGCGAUUCCUCCACGGAUCAGGCAAGCGCGACCCGUCUUCCCGUCUCCCGCUGUGAUGCCUCCCCGAAUCCGGCGAACGCGACCCGUUUCCCCGUCUCCCAUCACGAUGCUGACGUGGCUCAGGCGAACGCGACCUGCCUCCCCGCCUUUCGCUAUGAUGCGGGCGCAGACCUGGCGCGCGUGGACCGCUUCCCCGCUCCCCGUCAUUCUGGUGGCGCGGAUCUGGCGCGUGCGACGCGUGGCCGCCCCGUUCCCCGCCGUGCGCCUGCUGUCCAGAAACGGGCGCUUCCUCACGCGCGCUUCGUACGGUGCCACUUCCGGCUGUCUCUUCCGUCUUGCCUGCCUUAG